CAGGUGCUGCUGGCGGAAACUCUACGGCUUCCGGUCCAUAGUGGGGCCUACGGUGGGGGUUGGGCGAAAGGAAGGCGGAGGGAACCAUGCGAGGUUCUGUGAUCCGCGGUGAGGGGAUCCUCGAGGGACCGUUUCAGAGGGGGAUUUGAUCCCCCAUGGCCGCCGCUGACAGUGUCAUAGUGCUGGACGAUGAUGAUGAGGAUGAAGCAGCUGCACAGCCGGGGCCCUCCCACCUGCCCUCCAAUCCUGUCUCACCAGGGCCAGAAGCCUCUGGUCCCUCUGAGUCCCAUGGGGAUGGAGGAAGCAGUCAGUCAGGUGGCAGAAAGUGCUACAAGCUGGAGAAUGAGAGGCUGUUUGAAGAGUUCCUUGAACUGUGUAAGAUGCAGACAGCGGACCACCCUGAGGUGGUCCCGUUCCUCUACAAAGUGCAGCAGCGUGCCCAGUCUCUGUUUCUGGCCUCUGCAGAGUUCUGCAACAUCCUGUCCCGGGUUCUGUCUCGGGCUCGGAACCGGCCAGCUAAGCUCUAUGUCUACAUUAACGAGCUCUGCACUAUUCUUAAGGCGCACUCAAGCAAGAAGAAACUGAACUUGGCUUGUGCAGCCUCAGCGCCCAGCGAAUCCUCUGGUGAUAACCCUCCCUCUGCUCCCUCCUCUGACCUGACAACUGCUGAGAACACUGCCUCUGAGGCCUCAAGGACCCGUGGUUCCCGGAGGCAGAUCCAGCGCCUGGAGCAGCUGCUGGCACUGUAUGUGGCAGAGAUACGGCGGCUGCAGGAGAAGGAGCUGGAUCUCUCAGAACUGGAUGACCCAGACUCCACGUAUAUGCAGGAGGCCCGCUUGAAGCGGAAACUGAUCCGCCUCUUUGGGAGGCUGUGUGAGUUGAAGGGCUGCUCUUCUCUGACUGGCCGGGUCAUAGAGCAGCGAAUCCCUUACCGCGGCACCCGCUACCCAGAGGUCAACAGGCGCAUCGAGCGGCUCAUCAACAAGCCAGGGCCGGAUGCCUUUCCCGACUAUGGAGAUGUGCUGAGGGCUGUGGAGAGGGCAGCGACCAGGCACAAUCUGGGCCUUCCCCGGCAGCAGCUCCAGGUCAUGGCUCAGGAUGCCUUCCGGGAUGUGGGUGUCAGGUUACAGGAGCGCAGGCACCUUGACCUCAUCUACAACUUUGGCUGCCAUCUCACAGAUGACUACAGGCCAGGCAUUGACCCUGCACUGUCAGAUCCCACGUUGGCUCGCCGCCUUCGGGAAAAUCGGACGUUGGCCAUGAACCGGCUGGAUGAGGUCAUCUCCAAAUAUGCAGUGAUGCAGGACCGAAGCGAGGAGGACGAGAGACAGAAGAGAAGAGCUCGGCUCCUGGGCACCUCUUCCCGGUCUCCAGGCUCCCCCAAAGCCUGCUUGGAUUCUGGUGAGGGUCCUAGUGGACUGGCGUCCCAGGAGUGCUCUACUACCUCCAGAGCUGAGGAGACUGAUGAGGAGGAAGAGGAUGAGGAAAGUGAGGAGGAGGAGGAGGAAGAGGAGGAAGAGGCCACUGAAGAUGAAGAUGAGGAUCUAGAAGAGUUGCAGGAAGAUCAGGGGACUGAUGAAGAAGAGGAAGGAGGAGAUAAUGAAGGAGAUGGCCCCAGGUCCCCAUCUGAACCAAUGAAAGAGCUCAGGUCUCCUGCUGAGCAGAGGAACAAAGGACUUAGAGGGUCAGCAGCAUCAGCUUCGCCCCUGGGAGAAUCCCCAGACCCUCCCAGCGUGGAUGCAGAAAGCAGUGGGGAACAGCUCCUGGAAGAAGAGAGUCCUGGCUCCCGGCUUUUUGAGCUAGAGAUUGAAGCCUUGCCUGAGGAUGCCACCCCAUCCCCUGAGGAAGGGGACAUUUCCUUUUCCAGGAAACAGUCAGAAGACUCCCUCCCCCCCAUCUUGGAAAAUGGGGCAGAUGUGGUUACCUCUACAUCCUUCAAUGGGCGUGUCUCUUCUCACACUUGGCAAGAUUCCAGUCCCCCUUGCAAGAGAUCUCGGAAGGAGAAGAAGCAACUGGGAUCUGGACCAUUAGAAGACAGCUACCUAGAGAAGCAAACAGCUCAGCAGGGAAAUGGGAAGAGCGAAUGGACCCCCUUGGCCUCCCUGGCUCCUGUUGCUGAUUCCUCCACAAGGGUGGACUCUCCCAGCCAUGGCCUGGUGACCAGCUCCCUCUGCAGCCCCUUCCCAUCCCUGAGAGCCCAAACUCCUCAGCCUCCAUUUCCCCGACCUUGUAUUUAUAAGACGAGUGUGGCCACGCAGUGCGAUCCCGAAGAGAUCAUCGUGCUGUCAGACUCGGAUUAGCAGCCUCCCUCCUGCGCUCCUGUCUCCGGAAUGUUUUGGAUGGCUGUUGGAAGUUGGCGAGAGGCAGAUGACUGAGCAAAGGAUGGACUGAGCUCCUCCCCUUUUGGUGGUGUUUCUUUUGAGAAAAACAUCAGAUGCUUUAAGUUUUACACAGACACAUUAAUAAACAAUGAAUUUCUUUUCUUACUGUA